AAAUAAAGUAGUAACAGUUAUAGUUUCCCUCUCCAACCACUUCACUCAGACAACCUAGUUCCAACUUCCCACUACUAUAAACAAUUCUCUUCUCUAUCAACAACUCUCUCUCUCUCUCUCUUUCUCUCUCCUAGAUCAAAAUCCAACACAGCCUACAUUUACAGUUAAAUCCCCAAACCCUAACCCCCAAAUUGUUUUAGCAAAUGAAAAAAAAUCACAGUCCUUCAUACCUAGAUCGAAAAUGGUUCAUGCCUUUGCUCACCAUUUUUGUACUCUCUCUCAUCCUCGUUCUUACGCUAAGCCUAGGCCACGCUAAGUUCUCUUCAGGAAUCGACGACCCACCGCCGAAAUUCGCAGCUCUGGACCGGAAUUUCGACCGGUUAGGGCUUCUACCGAAGCUGCCGAGUUUCGCGUACUCGAUAUGGGGUUCGAAAGGGGACGUUUCGAGCGUGAAGAGGUUGCUUGAGGCAGUGUAUCACCCUAGGAAUUACUACGUGUUGCAUCUUGAUCUGGAUGCUUCGGAUGCCGAAAGGUUGGAGCUUGCGAAGUAUGUGAAGUCGGAGAGUCUGGUUUUUAGGGAGUUUGGGAAUGUGAUGGUGGUUGGUAAUGCCAAUUUGGUUACCUACAAGGGUCCCACUAUGAUGGCUUCUACGCUUCACGCCAUUGCCAUUUUGUUGAAAAAGGCUAAGGAUUGGGACUGGUUUAUUAGUCUCAGUGCAUCGGAUUAUCCUCUCGUUUCGCAAGACGAUCUCUUGCAUAUUUUCUCAUACUUGCCUAGGGAUCUGAACUUCCUUGAGCACACAAGUAAUUUUGGAUGGAAAGAGAAUCAAAGAGCGAGACCUCUUAUAAUAGAUCCGGCCUUGUAUCAAUCAAAGAAAUCUGGUGUUUUUUGGGCUAAAGAGAAAAGGUCUAUGCCUGCUUCUUUCAAGUUAUUCACAGGGUCUGAAUGGGUGGUGCUGACAAAAUCGUUUGUUGAAUUUUGUGUUUGGGGAUGGGAUAAUCUCCCUCGUACUUUGCUCAUGUACUAUACAAAUUUCAUUUCAUCCCCUGAGGGCUACUUCCACACUGUUGUUUGUAACCACAAGGACUACCAGAACACAACUGUAAAUCAUGAUUUACAUUAUAUAAAGUGGGAUAACCCUCCAAAGCAACACCCAAUUUCUCUUACCCUGGAACAUUUCAAUGACAUGGUGCAAAGUGGUGCUCCUUUUGCACGUGGGUUUGCCAAAGAUGAUCCAGUCCUCAACAAAAUUGAUGAAGAGCUGUUACGGAAAUCAGAUGGCCAUGUUACUCCUGGUGGCUGGUGCGUUGGGAAUUCUGUUUUAGGUAAAGACCCUUGUGUUGUUUAUGGGAAUCCAAAUUCAGUUAAACCGACUGUAAAUUCUAAGAGGCUAGAGAAACUCAUGGUGAAGCUUCUUGAUUCAGACAAUUUCAGGUCUAAACAAUGUAAAUAGUCUUCCAGUGUCUCAAUCUUUUCAUCAAAUUUUUUUAUUCAUCCUGCUAUGGUGGUUUGUUACGCAGAGAACUACUUCAUUUGUGGUAAAUUGCAUCUUUGCAGUUUUACUUCUA